AUGCCUCCAUAUGUGCCUCGCAAAAGACUAAGAGCCUCUGAGCCCGAGGACGCAGCCUCGGCUGAUACGAGCGCCAGCAAGGCAAAUUCCAAGGCAGGUGCGCGAAGGAGAACGCUCUACGACGACCUCGACUCAUCGCAUACACCUGGAGGUUCAGACUCGCUCCUCCAGGGCCUUGAGGGUUCCGGCGAUAGCGACAGUCCCCUCUCUUCAUUAUCUGACAGCGAUUUCGAAGAUGUUCCUCUCGCCAAGCGGCAAAAAACAGAGGAUGCUGGUGUAGAUGAAGACGAUGACGAUGAUAUUGAGUUUGAGGAUGUAGAAGCCCCUCCGCAGUUCACAUUUGCACCAGACGCCCCAGAACCGUCCGGCGAUCUGGAGCUGACACUGAAUCGGGACACACGAAUAUCCCUGACGAAUCAAUUCGGCGAUAAAAAGGGACCCUCAAAGAGAGAGCGGCUUGUCCGGAAUGCAACGCACUGCGUUCACAUUCUGUGUCUUCUGUGGCACAAUGCUAUCCGGAACUCGUGGAUAUGCGAUGCCGAAGUCCAGGCAAUCAUGGUUUCUCACAUUCCUCCCAGACUCUGGGAUGAGGUAGAUCGUUGGAGACGAAACAGUGGCCUGGCAGACCCGCAGCCACCACCAAAGAUGACUGCGAUAAAGAAGAGAAGCGUGAAGCAAAAGUCUCGAGAUUGGGGUGAAAGCGCCAAGCGGCUAGAAGAGGGAGCCAUUGAUAUGAGCCAUGGCGAUCCUCUGUUUCGAUUUAUGAGGUCGCUAGUCGCCUGGUGGAAACAGAGAUUUCGGGUCUCGACUCCUGGUCUCCGUAAAUGGGGCUACAUGUCGCUGGAGCGCCUCGAUAGACUCACCAAAGCGUACAAGGACAAUGAGGCAGAUUAUGAAGAAUUUGGCGAGCGAAUAGAGAGCAUAGAGGAUUUCCGACAGUGCGCCACAAACUGCAGAGGGAGUAGAGACGUUGGAGCUCAGUUAUUCACUGCGCUACUUCGGGGCUUGGGCAUCGAUGCUCGGAUGGUUGCCAGCUUGCAGCCACUCGGAUUUGGAUGGAACAAAUUGGAAGAUGCAGAUGCCGAGGAGGACGACAACAAACAAGGCACGCCGAUGAAAGCUACUAAUACGAAAAGUACCGGGAAGAAGGCAGAGAAAGAUGCAGCAAAAAAGAAAGCGAAAGAGAAGCCAGGAAAAAACAGCACUCCUUCUCGGUCACGUUCUGCCCGUUCUGCUACGCAGUCAGCUGCUUCUACCAUCAAAGAAUCUGAAGACGAUUUGGAACUCGAGUAUAAGGACACAGAUGACGAAUCCGUCGACAUGAAUCUUACCACGACCAAGACUCUGGAUACAAAAAAGGUCGACAAAGACCUGGAGUUUCCACAUUAUUGGACCGAGAUUCUAUCACCAGCCACCAAAAAAUAUCUUUCAGUCGACCCCAUUGUGAAGGGAACAAUCGCCGUAAAUCGAGAUCUCGUCGAAACGUUUGAGCCUCGUGGCGCCAAAGCUGACAGAGCCAGACAAGUCAUUGCUUACGUCGUGGGGUACUCGAGAGACGGAACCGCCAAGGAUGUGACGGUAAGAUAUCUGAAACGGCAGGUUCUUCCAGGGCGAACAAAGGGUGCAAGGAUGCCACUUGUAAAGAUCCCAAUCUAUAAUCGCCAUGGCAAGGUUAAGCGCUACGAGAUGCUGGAUUGGUUCAAGUCAGCCAUGUCUGGCUACAGGCGAGGAGGCAAGGACCGUCCCUUGACAGAAGUCGACCAACAAGAAGACGUCACGGACCUAAAGCCAGCAAAAGCUGAGAAGAGGGAGGUCAAGGAAGGCGAAGAGACGCUACAGUACUACAAGCAAUCCAAGGAAUUUGCCUUGGAGAGGCACCUGAAACGCGAGGAGGCGCUGAGGCGUGGUGCUGAACCUGUCAAGGUUUUCAAGAACAAAGGUAAGGGCGGCAGAUUAGAUGAAGAGGACGUAUAUCUUCGAUCCGACGUUGUCCUCGUCAAAAGUGCGGAAACCUGGCACAAGCAAGGCCGAGCCCCAAUUGCUGGUGAGGAGCCCUUGAAGAGAGUUCCCUACCGCGCUGCCACUCUCAACCGGAAGCGGGAGAUACUGGAAACGGAGGCGAUCACCGGGCAAAAGGUGCUUCAGGGUUUAUUUAGCUUCGAUCAAACUGACUGGAUUAUUCCGCCGCCUAUCAAGGACGGCGUCAUCCCAAAGAACGAAUACGGGAACAUUGACCUAUUCGCCGAGCACAUGUGCCCUGAAGGCGCAGUACACGUACCAUUUAGAGGUGUUGUUAAAGUCUGCAAGAGACUAGGAAUCGACUACGCAGAGGCCGUGGUGGACUUUGAGUUUGGCCAUCGGAUGGCUGUCCCCGUCAUUCAGGGAGUCGUCAUUGCACAAGAGCAUCACGAUAAAGUAAUGGUAGAGCUAGAGAAAGACGAAGCGGAACGCGUGAGAAAAGAAGAUGAGAAACGGCGCAAGGCAGCACUGGGCAAGUGGCGCAAGUUUCUAAUGGGAAUGCGCAUCGUGGAGAGGAUUCGGCAAGAAUACGGCGAGAUCGACGAGAGUGUCUCAGUCUUUGGCCACUCCCGUGGAGGGGCCCAGGUCAGUGAGGCACCCAAGGUUCACGGCGAAGAAAUGGCUGGAGGAUUUCUGCCUGAAGGUUAUGAAGAGGAUGGCGAGGGACAGCAGGCGCAUGAGAAACGCUUGGCUGACCAUUUACUUUCAAGGCUUGGGACUAGGGCAGCGUUCUGUCGCAUAAGAACAGCCUUUGGCCCCGGCCGGAGGAGUGUCUCCGCUUGUGCUGGGGCGAUUUAA